AUGGCCAGUAUAGUGGGAGCAGUCGGACUGACCAUUGCUGCUGCAGGAUUUGCAGGCCGUUAUGCUUUACAAGCCAUGAAGCACAUGGAGCCUCAAGUGAAACAAGUUUUUCAGAGUUUACCAAAAUCUGCCUUCAGUGGUGGGUACUAUGGAAGUGGGUUUGAACCCCAAAUGACAAAACGGGAGGCAGCACUGAUGCUAGGAGUGAGCCCUACUGCCAACAGAGUAAAGACCAGGGGUGCUCAUCGACAGAGUGUGCUCUUAAAUCACCCAGACACUGGAGGACUUCCUUAUAAAGCAGCCAAAAUCAGUGACGUUAAAGACUUACAAGAAGGACAAGCUAAAAAAUAA